UUGAGGAACACUUGAAUCGAUCUCCAACCACAGUCGCCGAAAAAUUCUCAGGCGAUUCGACAACGACACCAUGCCGUCAGUAGCUCUGCCUCUACCUCCACCAGACUCGCCAUUCGGGCAGUUCGUUCGCGCCAACUUCUCCCCAGCUUUCUUGUAUCCUCUCAAAGGCAUGUGGUACUUUGCUACCCAUCGCUACCUGCACCCGCUAUUGAAAGGACGUCUGAUACCUCUGUCUCUGCUUUCAGGCUGCAUUCUGGCCAUCCUCUUUGUCACAGCUUACCUACCAGUCGUUGCGUUUCUGGCAAUCUUCCAUUACAAGGGCUCAGCAUGGGUCAACGGCACGUUCUUCAUCCUGGGCAUCGGAGCACUGGUCAUUCAGCUGCUGUUCGAAGGUCUGCUCGCCGACCACACGCAGGUGGACAUCUUCGACGCCGUUGUUGUUGCCGAAGGAUAUGAGCAUCUGGUCAAGAACCGUCGAACUGUAUCCGACAACAUCGAUGAAAGCGAUCCCUACAAGCGACUUGGGCCUAGAGACAAGGGUGCACAGUUUGCUCCAUUCUCCAUCCGCCAAAUAGUGGAGUUGGUAAUACUCCUGCCACUGAAUUUUGUGCCGUUUGCAGGCGUUCCGCUAUUCCUACUGCUGACCGGCUAUCGAGCCGGGCCUCUGAUGAACUGGCGAUAUUUCCAGAUCAAGCAAUUCCGCAGAAAAGACAGGAAGCAGUUCAUCAAGACGAAGCAACGCAGGUUCGAAUACAUGUGGUUUGGAACAGUCCAUAUGAUCUUGCAGCUGGUGCCUGUCUUGGCUAUGCUUUUCCUUCUUACCACAGCUUGCGGCAGUGCCUUGUGGAGUGUUCACGUCGAGCAGCAACUCCAGGACUCGCAGGAAGAACAAGAACCGACAGCUGAAGACGAUCCCCCAGCGUACACAGAUGAGCCUUGA